GGUAUAAACCUGGGCGCGCGGGAACCGGCGCGAGUUUCCGCUGCAGUGGUCGUAAGGGUUUUCUAUCCUGCGAGCUUCCUGGAGGCGCUAUGAGCUGCGUCACCUUGCCCACCGUGCUGCCCGUCUCCCCCAGCAAGACCCGGGGACAGAUCCAGGUGAUCCUCGGUCCUAUGUUCUCAGGAAAAAGCACGGAGCUCAUGAGACGGGUCCAGCGCUUCCAGAUCGCCCAGUACAAGUGCUUGGUGAUCAAAUAUGCCAAAGACACGCGGUACAGCAACAUGUUCUCCACGCACGACCGGAGCACCAUGGAGGCGCUGCCCGCCUGCCUACUCCGGGACGUGACCCAGGAGGCGCUGGGUGUGGACGUCAUAGGCAUCGACGAAGGGCAGUUCUUCCCUGACAUCGUGGAGUUCAGCGAGGCCAUGGCCAACGAGGGGAAGACGGUGAUAGUGGCUGCCCUGGACGGGACCUUCCAGAGGAAGGCUUUCGGAGCCAUCCUGAACCUGGUGCCGCUGGCCGAGAGCGUGGUGAAGCUGAACGCCGUGUGCAUGGAGUGCUUCCGAGAGGCCGCCUACACCAAGCGCCUGGGCAUGGAGAAGGAGGUCGAGGUGAUUGGAGGAAAAGACAAAUACCACGCCGUGUGUCGCCUCUGCUACUUCCGGAAGGCUUCGGGUCAGCUGGAUGGGCUGGACUGCAAGGAGGACAAGGAGAACCGCCCCGCGCUGGGGAAGCCGGUGGAGGCCAAGCUCGGGGAGGUGGCGGGGACCAGGAAGCCGCUGGCCCCUCAUCGGAUCCCGGCCAACUGAACCUGGGGCCGCUGGCGCCCCCUGGCGGACGCCGGCGCCCCGCCCUCCCGGCGAAGGAAGUCAGAGGAGGAAGUUCCUGCGGCCGCGGAGGUUUCACUGGCUGCGGGAAUUUCUGCGUCUGCAGGGCCCGUGCCUGGCUGGUGCCCUGCAGUGCCGGUUCCCUCCUUGCCUGCCCGCUGGCCUUUCUCGGUUCCCUUCCCGGAUGCCGGUCCACUGACGAGCCACCCGGGGCUGGCACAGGCCCUGCGCUGAGGCUCGGAUCCUGGCCAUGGCAGACACCGCUGCUUCUCCUUUGGGGUGAGGGGCGGGCCGCAUGCUGUUGGUGACAUCAGCGCUGCUGGCUUCCUCCCCCCUGUGGCUUUCACUGUUGAGUUUCUGUUCUCACUGGCAAGUCCAGUGUCAGCAGCUCUGGCUCAGCACCGAGCCUCUUUCCACACGAAGGUUCCCGUCCCCCUGCCUGGGGUGGGCCCUGGCCUUUGAGGACGGCUGGACUUGUGCCUUUUUGCUUACCUCUUGGCUGAAAGUCCUUCUUACUCUGGUGAUCAUUUUCUCCAGAGUGACAGCUUUUGCAUGAGUGCCACCCCGCGGGGGCUCAGGUCCCAGGGGUGUGCUUGCCUUGUAAGGGGGAAGGCAGGGGUACCUGGGGACAGGGUCCCUAAUACUUAUGUUAAAGUGCAUAAAAUUUGAAACAUUAAAAU